GACGAUCCGCUCACCCGAAGGGGACCAGCCAGUGUGUGUGUGCGCGCGCUGAACUAAGCGGAGGUGAAGAAGAGGAGGAUGAAGCUUGGAGCGGAGGAUGGGAGGAAGAGUGGAGUAAGAGCCAGGCUAGCUGUGUGUGAAUGAGUGAGUGAGGAAGAGGAGAAGAAGGUCGUCGGAGGGGCCGGGAAACAAGGACUACAUGUAUUUUAGAGCACGAGCUCCAGGGUAUUACCAACGGAAACUUUUAACUUUUUACCCGCCACAGCAGCUCGGCUCGUGCCCGAAGCCGGCUUUGUCUCGCGGCGGGGGUGUCCAAGAUAAAUGAAGGAAUAAAACUGAUCACCGUCGAUAUUAUUUUACCGGAGCGGGAGUAACCCUGGGAGUGAUUUAGUGAAAGGUUACGGGAGGAUGGCGGCCAACAUGUACCGAGUGGGAGACUAUGUUUACUUUGAGAACUCCUCCAGCAACCCUUACCUGAUACGAAGAAUAGAAGAGCUCAACAAGACAGCCAACGGGAAUGUGGAGGCCAAGGUGGUGUGUCUGUUCAGGAGGCGAGACAUCUCAGGCAACCUCAACACUCUGGCUGACAGCAAUGCAAGAGAGUUUGAAGAGGAGUCCAAGCAGCCGUCACUGUCUGAACCACAGAAACACCAGCUCAAACACAGAGAACUCUUCCUGUCUCGACAGUUUGAAUCUUUACCUGCAACACACAUAAGGGGGAAAUGUAACGUCACCCUCCUCAAUGAAACAGAUGUGUUGGCCGGUUACCUGGAGAAAGAAGACUGCUUCUUUUAUUCGUUGGUGUUCGACCCUGUCCAGAAGACUCUGCUAGCAGACCAGGGGGAGAUCCGUGUUGGUUCUAAAUACCAGGCGGAGAUUCCUGACAAGCUGGCUGAAAGUGAAUCUGAUCCCCGUGUUCUGGAGAAGAUGGAAACCAAAGUGUGGGAUCCCAACAACCAGCUCAAAGACUCGCAGAUCGACCAGUUCCUGGUUGUUGCAAGAGCUGUGGGCACAUUUGCUCGGGCCUUGGACUGCAGCAGCUCAAUACGUCAGCCCAGCCUCCACAUGAGUGCAGCUGCAGCCUCUAGAGACAUCACUCUGUUCCAUGCCAUGGAUACCCUGCAGAAGAACGGCUACGACCUGGCCAAAGCCAUGUCCACCCUGGUUCCCCAGGGGGGCCCGGUGCUGUGCCGGGACGAGAUGGAGGAGUGGAGCGCUUCAGAGGCCAUGCUGUUCGAGGAGGCUCUGGAGAAAUACGGCAAAGACUUCAACGACAUCCGCCAGGACUUUCUGCCCUGGAAGUCUCUAGCCAGUGUGGUCCAGUUCUACUACAUGUGGAAGACUACUGACCGCUACAUUCAACAGAAACGACUAAAAGCUGCUGAGGCAGACAGCAAGCUCAAACAGGUGUACAUCCCCACCUACACCAAACCAAACCCGAAUCAGAUCAUGGGUCCAGGCAGCAAGCCUGGUAUGAAUGGGGCCGCAGGUUUUCAGAAAGGACUCAGCUGUGAGAGCUGCCACACGGCCCAGUCUCCUCAGUGGUAUGCUUGGGGUCCUCCAAACAUGCAGUGCAGACUUUGUGCUUCUUGUUGGAUCUACUGGAAGAAAUAUGGUGGUCUGAAGACGCCCACACAGCUAGAGGGAGCUGCUAGGGCGGGUUCUGAGUCAGGCCCCCGUGCUCAUAUGACACGGCAGGAAGUCCAGGGCAUGUCGCCGUUUACCCGUAAUGAGGGGCGAGCCAAGCUGCUGGCCAAGAACCGGCAGACUUUCAUUCUGCAGACCACCAAACUAACCCGCAUCGCCCGGCGCGUGUGCGAGGACAUCUUGCAGCCGCGGCGGGCAGCACGCAGACCUUACGCAUCUAUCAACGCUAACGCGGUCAAAGCCGAGUGCAUAAUCAGGCUGCCCAAAGCCACCAAAACUCCUUUAAAGAGCAAGCUGGUACCUCGACAGUCCCUGGCCACCAUAGUGAAGGAUUUAGCUGUCUCAGCUCCUUUGAAAUUGAAGGCAUCCAGAGGCCCCCCAACACCCAUCAACAGAAACCAGGUCAGCCAGCCUCGAGUGGCCCAAAGCCUGCUGGGAAAGAGAGGUUUUGACUCGGCUGCAGGGGUCCCCUACCCUACCAACGGGAGGCCGUACACUUCAGGCAUGAGGACCACCUCCCAGUCAGUCAUCAAGCGGCAGAAGGUCAGCCAGGGAGAAGCUCCUAACCCUGUGGUGUUUGUGGCCACCAAGGACACCAGGGCUCUGAGGAAACACCUGACCCAGUCAGAGAUGCGCCGGGCGGCGAGGAAACCUCACCUCCUGGUCCGGAUCAAGCUGCCGCCGCCGCCCCGCUCGCUGGCCAUGCCCCUCGUUCCCUCAAACAGCAGCGAGCCCAUCGUCCUGGAGGACUAAAGGGGGACGGGCUGGGGGACACGUGACAGGACAUGGGUUAGGGAGGGUCUGUGCUCGAGUCCUGUCUCACUGGCAGCACAGAACGCCAUACAGUACUUUACUUUGUCCUCUUUUCACCGUCAGGGUUCUUUAGUCCUCGUUUUCUUCCCUUUAUUCAACACACACACUCACACACACGCAGGUCGACGACAGAACAUUUUCAGCUUCUUAUUAAAGCAGAUCCUCAACA